CUAGUCAACCUAUCCACUUUAAUUCUAUCUCAUAAUAUCAUUGACGCCAUCACUAACUUAUCAAAGCCAGUUAACCUAAAAAAACUAUUCUUAGUGAAAAACAACAUUUCAAAAAUUGAAAAUUUAUCUGAUCUAAAUCAUUUAUCACUUUUAAAUCUAUCCUCAAAUCUGAUAACUGUUGUCUAUUUCUCAAAAUUAAACUUACCAAAACUUACUAAAUUAAACCUAUCUCAUAAUAGAAUCUCGUAUUUAACUAAUUUGAUUGAUUUGAAUAACUCACAAAACAUGAAUAAUUUGAAUAAUUUAUUGGAGUUAAACCUAUCCUUUAAUAGAAUUAAAAAAUUUCAUCUUGCUUUUGAUCUAAUUAACUUAUCUCACAUUAACUCAUCUAAAAAUUAUAUUUCAAAAAUUGAAAACUUUUCAAGUUUUAUUCACAUAAAAUCUCUUAACCUAUCAACCAACCAAAUUACUAAAAUGGAAAAUUUAUCAACUCUAAUAAAUCUAGAAUAUUUAAACCUUUCACGUAAUUUAUUAUCAAGUUUUCAUUUAUCCCAAUCUUUUCGAAAAAUAAAAUUUUUAGAUUCAUCUGUAAAUUUAAUUCAUGACUUUUCCAUUGAUGAAAAUGUUCGUUCUUAUCAUUUAUAUUAUUUAAAUUUGGUGCAUAAUUUUUUGAAAAUUUUAAAAAACUUUGAUUGUUUGGCAAAUUUAAAGAAAUUUUAUUUAGGCUUUAAUAAAAUUUCCUAAUUAAAUGAGAGAAAUUUUACCAAUUGUAAUAAACUAAAAACGUUAUCUCUAAAGUCAAAUAAAAUUGAAGUUUUGAAAAUUACUGGUGGCUCUUUGUCUCAAUUAAGAAGAUUAGAUUUAUCUAAAAACUUAUUAAUUUCUCUUCAAAUUAAAAGAGAUACUCUAAUACAUUUAAGAAUAUUGACAUUAAAUUCCAACAAACUUGAAAAGAUUGAUUUUGUUAAUCCUGAAUCCAAUGAAAUCUAUGUCUUCCCA